AUGUGGGGAAGUGAACAGAUGGGAGGAAGAGGCAAGCUUCUAAAGCAUGAUGCGAUUCAGGUACCGACCCAGGAUAUCGAUAAGCUAAUUUAUCGUAAGAGUGAGUUUUUUGUCGAUUUAGGAAACAAGUUUAGAGUCGUUAUCGUUCACAGCAAGAAGGCAUACGCAGGCCAAAAGAAUAGAGAGAUUGUUCUCUUUAAUGGCAUUGAAGAGAAUAUUGAGAAGGCUAAGGAUGCGAUCAAGGAGCGAUUACUUGUCGAUUUCGAAGUCAUUCGUCGCCAGAGCAGUUAUCCAAGGACGUUGAGGCGGAGGCUGUGGUGA